AUGGCUCCUCCAGUCUGGACUCUGGUGCUGCUGGUAGGGGCUACCUGGAGUCAGGGAGACAUGCCUGCCCCUGUCUGGAGUGAGAAGGCUCCAGACUGGAAAGCGGUCACUCGCAGCUCCACAGAGGACACUGUUCUCACCCAGUGUGAUUUUGAGGAUGACUCCAAACCCCUCUGUGACUGGUUCCAAGUGACUGGAGAUGACGGGGACUGGAUUCGAGCCAGUGGGCCCUCCCCCACUGGCACCACCGGACCCUCCGGCGGGUACCCCAAUGGAGAGGGCAAAUACCUGCACAUGGAAUCGAGCGCCUUCCACCGGGGCGGAGUGGCCCGCCUGCGCAGCCCUGACCUGUGGGAGCAGGGCCCUUUCUGUGUGCACUUCGCCUACCACAUGUUUGGGCUGUCGUGGGGCACCCAGCUCAGACUGCUGCAGCUCGCAGGCAGACAGGGCAACCGCCCUUCUGUGCUCUGGAGACACAUAAACACCCAGAGCCCAUCAUGGAUGCCCACUGCUGUCACUGUGCCUGCGGGGUUUGCCCUGCCCAGCCAGCUGAUCUUUGAGGGAGUGAGAGGCAGCAGUGCUUAUCUGGACAUCUCACUGGAUGCCAUCUCUAUCCAUCGAGGCUCCUGCAAUCGGGUCUGCCUGAUGCAGAUAUGCAACUUUGACAUUCCAAAUGACCUCUGUGGCUGGAGUUGGGUCCCAACUGCCUCUGGAGCCAAGUGGACCCAGAAGAAGGGGUCAUCGGGGAAGCCAGGCGUGGGGCCUAAUGAUGACUUCUCUAGCCCUGGCAGUGGCUACUACAUGCUCCUGGACCCCAAGAAUGCCAAAGAGAGCCAGAAAGCUGUCCUCCUGAGCCCCCUGAGCCAGUCUUCUGGCUGUCUGAGCCUUACCUUCCACUAUACCCUCUGGGGCCAGUCUCCUGGUGCAGCUCUCCUCGUCUAUGCUUCAGUCUUGGGCAGCAUCCGGAAACACAGUCUUUUCUCAGGACAACCUGGACCCAAAUGGCAGCUUGCUUCUGUUAAUUACACAGGACUGGGACAGAUACAGUUCACUGUGGUGGGUGUGUUUGGAAAGUCCCCGGAGCCAGCUGUGGCAGUGGAUGCAAUCAGCAUCGCUCCCUGUGGGGAGAGCUUUCCUCAGUGUGACUUUGAAGAUGAUGCCCAUCCCUUCUGUGACUGGCUCCAGACAUCAGGGGAUGGUGGAUACUGGGCCCGGGGAAGUAAAACUAUACCCAUCCAGGGCAAAGGCUCCUCAGGAGAUUCCCCUAAUGGAGGAGCUCACUAUAUCUACCUUGAGGCUGGCAAGUUCUCCCAGGCGGGGCAGUCUGUUGGACUGGUGAGCCGGCCCUUCUGUGCCCCGGGUGACAUCUGUGUGGAGUUUGCUUACCACAUGUAUGGCCUUGGAGAAGGCACCAUGCUCAAGCUCCUGCUGGGGAGUCCUGCGGGUAGUACCCCGAUUUCUUUCUGGGGCCGCAUUGGGUCUCAGAGCCCUGACUGGAUGAACACCUCUGUCACCAUCCCAUCGGGAUAUCAACAGCCCAUGCAGCUGAUUUUUAAGGCCACCAGGGGUAGCAACGCUGCCUUUGUUGUUGCUCUGGGUUUCAUCUUGGUCAAUCACGGGACCUGUCGAGGUAAGAUGAAACCCAAGCCCAGAAAGGGGGCCCUGCCUUGGGGAUUUUUUUUCUUUGCAGCCUCUGUGCCAAUAGUGCUUCCUACCAAAUCUCCAGUUCCCCCUUCUGAAACCACUGUCCUCACAGAAAAACCCAUAGUCCCCACAGAAAAGCCCACCAUGCCAACUGAAAAGCCCACAGUCUCCACUGAAAGGCCCACCAUCCCCACUGAAAAACCCACCGUCCCCACCGAAAAACCGUCCAUCCCCACAGGAAAACCCACCAUCCCCACCGAAAAACCCACCAUCCCCACUGAAAAACCCACCAUCCCCACUGAAAAACCCUCCGUCCCCACUGAAAAACCCACCGUCCCCACUGAAAAACCCUCCAUCCCCACUGAAAAACCCUCCAUCCCCACUGAAAAACCCUCCAUCCCCACAGGAAAACUCACCGUCCCCACCGAAAAACCCACCGUCCCCACUGAAAAACCCACCAUCCCCACUGAAAAACCCACCGUCCCCACUGAAAAACCCUCCAUCCCCACUGAAAAACCCUCCAUCCCCACAGGAAAACCCACCGUCCCCACCGAAAAACCCACCGUCCCCACCGAAAAACCCACCGUCCCCACUGAAAAACCCUCCAUCCCCACUGAAAAACCCACCGUCCCCACUGAAAAACCCUCCAUCCCCACAGGAAAACCCACCAUCCCCACCGAAAAACCCACCGUCCCCACCGAAAAACCCACCGUCCCCACCAAAAAACCCACCGUCCCCACCGAAAAACCCACCGUCCCCACUGAAAAACCCACUGUCCCCACUGAAAAGCCCACUCCUACGACACCCCACCCCAGCCCUGCAGCAACAAUCUUGGUGGUGCCCCCACAUGCUCCAAGUGCCCCCACGACCAGCGCAGCUCUGGGCACCACAUCAACCCUGAGACCUACUACAGUGAGCUGCCCUCCAGAUGCUCACUAUGAACCCUGCGCCUGCCCUGCUUCCUGCGAGAGCCCCAGGCCCAGCUGCGGGCUCCUCUGCAGGCCAGGCUGCGUCUGCAAUCCUGGCUUUUUGUUUAGUAACAACCGCUGCAUCAGUGCCUCUUCCUGCAGUUGCUUCUACAACAACAACUCCUAUGUGCCUGGGGCAGAGUGGUUCAGCCCCAACUGCACAGAACAUUGCCGCUGCAUGCCUGGCAGUAGGAUCGAGUGCCAGAUCUCUCAGUGCAAGACAAACACACUGUGCCAGCUGAAGAAUGGCCAGUACGGAUGCCAUCCCUACGUAGGCGCUGCCACCUGCAUGGUCUAUGGAGACCCUCAUUAUGUCACCUUUGAUGGGAGGCACUUAGGCUUCAUGAGCAAAUGCACCUACAUCUUGGCCCAGCCCUGUGGCAACUCAACAGCCCCAUUCUUCAGGGUGACAGCCAAGAAUGAGGAACGAGGACAGGAAGGCGUGUCCUGCCUGAGCAAAGUCUAUGUGACCCUGCCUGAGACCACCAUCACCCUGCUCAAAGGCAAACACACGCUGGUUGGGGGUCAGCGAGUCACCCUCCCAGCCAUGCUUUCUAAAGGCAUCUUCUUGGGUCCAGUUGGGAGAUUUGUGGAGCUGCAGACUGUGUUUGGUUUGCGGGUGAGAUGGGAUGGCGACCGAGAGCUGUAUGUGACUGUGUCCAGCACCUACUCGGGCACACUCUGUGGCUUCUGUGGAAACUAUGAUGGCAACAGUGACAAUGACAACUUGAAGCCUGAUGGUAACCCAGCAGGAGAUGAGGAGGAGCUGGGGAACAGUUGGCAGACAGCUGACGACGGGGAUGAGGACAAGGAGUGCCAGAAGAACCUGGUGAAUCCCCCGUCGUGUGACGCAGCCUUGCAGAGCAGCAUGUCGGGGCCAGAGUUCUGUGGGCGGCUCGUGGACUCCCGUGGACCAUUUGAGGCGUGUCUGCUCCACCUGAAGGCCACUCCCUACUUUGACAACUGCGUGUUCGACAUGUGCAACUUCCAGGGGAUGCAGCCGAUGCUGUGUGCCCAGAUGUCGGCUAUGACCAUGCGCUGCCAGGAUGCCGGCCAUGCUGUGAAGCCCUGGCGGGGGCACCAGUUCUGCCCUCUGGCCUGCCCGCCCAACAGCAAGUACUCCCUGUGCUCCAAGCCAUGCCCUGACACCUGCCAUUCAGGAUUCUCUGGUAUGUACUGCCCAGACCAGUGUGUGGAGGCCUGCGAGUGCAACCCGGGCUUCGUCCUCAGUGGCCUCGAGUGUGUCCCCCGAUCCCAGUGUGGGUGCAUCGACCCCACAGGGAGGUACUUCAAGGUAGGAGAGCAUUGGUACAAGCCGGGCUGCACACAACUCUGUGUUUGUGAAGCCAGCAACAAAAUUCGCUGCCAGCCCUGGAGGUGUAAUGCCCAGGAGUUCUGUGGCCAGCAGGAUGGCGUCUAUGGCUGCCAGGCCCAAAGUUCUGCCACCUGCACUGCCUCAGGUGACCCCCACUACCUGACAUUUGAUGGAGCCCUGCACCACUUCAUGGGCACCUGCACCUAUGCCUUGACCCAGCCUUGCUUCACCAGAUCCGGACAGAACUACUUUGUUGUCAGUGCCACGAAUGAGAACCGCAAUGGGAACUUAGAGGUCUCCUACAUCAGGGCCGUCCACGUGCAGGUCUUCAAGCUCAGAAUCUCACUGAUCAAAGGGCGCAAGGUCGUGCUGAAUGGCCAUCGGGUGGCCCUACCCAUGUGGCUUAUGGGAGGCCAGGUGACCAUGAGGCUCAGUGGCUCCUUUAUCCUCCUCCACACAAACUUCGGGCUUCAGGUUCGCUAUGAUGGGAACCACUUGGUGGGAGUGACAGUGCCUUCCUCCUAUGCUGGCCAGCUCUGCGGGCUGUGCGGGAACUACAACAACAACAGCCUGGAUGACAAUCUGCUCCCAGAUAGAAAGCCUGCAGGCAACUCACUCCAGCUGGGAGCUGCCUGGAAGAUACCUGAAUCCUCUGAAUCUGGCUGCUUCAACAUGGGUGGCAAACUCUCCAGCUGCAAAAGGGACAACAUGGCAGACACCUGGAACAAGAACUGUGAGAUCUUAAUGAACCCUCUGGGACCCUUUUCUCAGUGCCACCAGGUGGUGCCCCCCCAUUCCAGCUUCACCAGCUGCGUUCACGGUCAGUGUGGGACCAAGGGCGACACCAUGGCCCUGUGCCGCUCCCUGCAGGCCUACGCGUCCCUGUGUGCCCAGGCCGGCCAGGCCCCCGUGUGGCGGAACAGCACCUUCUGCCCUCUGAGGUGCCCGUCUGGCAGCAGCUACAGCCCAUGCACCAGCCCCUGCCCAGCCACCUGCCUCAGCCUGGAUGCCCCCACGGACUGCCCCACAGCACUGCCCUGUGUCGAGGGCUGUGAAUGCCAGAAAGGCUACAUCCUGAGCGGAACCACCUGUGUGCCCCUCAGCCAGUGUGGCUGCACCGACCCGAGGGGCUUCUACCACCUGGUUGGGGAGAGUUGGUACACAGAGAACACCUGCACCAGGCUCUGCACCUGCUCUGUCCACAACAACAUCACCUGCCUCCAAACCACCUGCAAACCUAACCAGAUGUGCUGGCCCCUGGAUGGUCUGCUCCUCUGCCGGGCCUCAGGUAUGGGAGUGUGCCGGAUCUCAGGGGAAUCCCAGUAUGUGAGCUUCGAUGGCAGUCGCCAUCCUCUCCAGGGCACAUGCACUCACGUGGUGAUGAAAGUGUGUCACCCCAGCAUGGACCUGCCUUUCUUCAAGAUCAGUGCUGAGAAUGAGGAAGGUGGGACUGGGGCUUUGCACCUUCGCCAGGUCUACGUUGACAUCUAUGAUUCCCAGAUCAUCCUGCAAAAGGACCACCAAGUGCUGAUCAAUGACAAACAGGUCACCCUUCCUGCGGCUUCCCAGAUCCGAGGGGUCAAUAUCUACGCCAAAGGCAUCUACACCAUAGUCAACAUUAGGAUCGGAGCGCAAGUCAAGUUUGAUGGCAGUCGGUUCUUAGAGAUCGAAAUCCCUGCAGCCUAUUAUGGAAAGGUCUGUGGUAUAUGUGGGAACUUCAAUGGUGAGGAAGAGGACGAGUUAAUGAUGCCCAGCGAUGAGCUAGCCCACAAUGACAGUGAAUUCGUGAAUAGUUGGAAAGAUAAGGACAUUGACCCCAGUUGUCAGAAUGUGCCAGAAGAGGCUGGUCCAACUGUUGGCCAGCAGAUCGAAUCAGAGGAGCAGGAGCACGUGAGUGGCAACUGCAGGCCAGCUGACGUCAUGCGGGCCCGGAAGACAUGCGAAGCCGUCCUUAAGGCUCCCAUCUGGGCCAACUGUGCCUCCCAUGUAGUCCUCAAGCCUUUCCUACUGGGCUGUACAAUCAAUCUCUGUGAAUUUGGAGGCCUAACCCAUGCCCUCUGCAAGCCUCUGCAAGCCUUAGGGGCUGCCUGUCAGGACCAGGGGCUCAAGCCCCCACUCUGGAGAAACAGCACCUUCUGCCCUCUGGAAUGCCCCAUGCACAGCAUCUACACCAACUGCCUUCCCUCAUGCUCACCUUCCUGCUGGGACCUGGAUGGACAGUGCAAGGGUGCCAGAGUCCCCUCCACCUGCGCUGAGGGCUGCAUUUGUCGGCCCGGCUAUGUGCUGAAAGAGGACAAGUGUGUGCCCAGAAGUCAGUGCAGCUGUAAGGAUGACCAGGGCAGCUUGAUCCCUGCCGGCAAGACCUGGAUCUCCAGUGGUUGUACCCGGAGCUGCGCCUGUGUAGGAGGCACCAUUCAGUGCCAGGCCUUCCGCUGCCCCUCUGGGUCCCAUUGCCAGCUCAGCAGUAACGGCAACAGCAACUGUGUACCCAACCAUUUGGUACCUUGCUUGGUCUUUGGGGACCCCCAUUACCGCACGUUUGACGGCCUCAGCUACCGAUUCCAGGGCCGCAUGACCUACAUUCUGAUAAAGACCGUGGAUGAGCUCCCCAAUGGGAUGGAACGCCUACUCGUGGAGGGACGCAACAAGCUAAAUCCGCCUGUGAGCCCAGUCUUCUUGCACGAAGUGAUUACCAACGUCUACGGCUAUAAAGUUCAGCUCCAGGCUGGUCUGGGGCUUGUGGUCAACAACCAGAGGAUGGCCAUCCCCUAUAGGCCCAACAAGCACCUGCAGGUCACCCUGCAGAGCCAGCGGCUGUUCUUGGUCACUGAUUUUGAGCUGGCCGUCAGCUUUGAUGGAAGGAGCAGUGCAGUGAUCUCCCUGCCCAGCACGUACCAGGGCCUUGUACACGGCCUGUGCGGGAACUACGACAACAACAGCAGGAAUGACUUCAUGCUGCCCAACGGCGCCCUGACCCGGAAUCCCAACACCUUUGGCAACAGUUGGCAGUCGAAGACUGAAGAUGCCCUCAUCCGCUCCGUCAGGGCUGUAAAUGUACAAGAGCAGGAAGAAGGACGAGGAGGAGAGUUGGGCUUCCACGUGUCAGAAUGCAGCCCGGAGCAGCUGGCGCUCAUCAACAGCACACAGGCCUGCAGGGUGCUGCUGGACCCUGAGGGCCCGUUUGCUGCUUGUCACCAGGCUGUGGCCCCAGCACCCUUUCAGGAGCACUGUGUACUUGAUCUGUGUGCUGCCCGGGACCCUGAGGAGCAAGAGGAGCUGCGCUGCAGGGUCCUGGGCGGCCUUGGUAUGUCCAGCCAAUACCGUGUAUCAGAGCUGUAUGACGCCCUGUCCAGCAUCCUGUGCCCACCUGGUGGCCCCCAGGGACUGUGAGGGCCCAUGCACGGAAGGCUGUGCCAGUAUCCCAGGCUACAUUUACAGCGGUGCCCAGAGCCUCCCCUGGCCCACUGUGGCUGCAGCAGCAAUGGCACCUACUACCAGCUGGGUGACAGUUUUGUGAAUGAAGAUUGCUCUCAGCGCUGCACCUGCGCCAGCUCGGGGAUCCUGCUGUGCGAGCCCCUCCGCUGCAGCACCGGCGAAACCUGUACCCUGGGGAACCUCACCCGAGGCUGCUUCCGAGAAAGCCCCUGUCUACAGAACCCUUGUAAGAAUGAUGGCCGGUGUCAGGAGCAAGGAGACAGCUUCAACUGCAAGUGCGAACUUGGUUACGGGGGACACCUCUGCACAGAGCCAUGGGAUGUCCCGCCCGUCAGAAAGCCAGCAUCCAACUUUGGGGCCAUCCUCUUGGGAAUGCUGUUGCCCAUGACAGUCAUAGUGCUGGCAGUGACCAGAGGGUGCAUUCACAGGAUGAAGAGGAGGAGGAAGAUGUGA